AUGGCAAGUUUUUGGGUUUUUACUCAGUUUUUGCUUCUGUGUUUUGCAGCUUCAUUUCCUGCCUUUGAAUCCAGUGUAAUUAAAGCCGCCCCUCAAAGUCAGAGAGUUGCCGGGGUCUUCAUGGUCCCUGAAGGAGGACAGUACACCUUGAACUUCAGUGCUGCCAUAGCCGCCUGCCUAUUUCUGAACGUCACCAUAGCGACCACGGACCAGAUGCAACGAGCAGUGCAGCAAGGACUGGAGAUGUGCAAAUUUGGCUGGGUAGCCGAAAAGAUCGCAGUCAUCCCACGACGUACAUCUGCCAAAACCUGUGGAGAUGGCAAAACUGGAGUGGUGCCGUGGUUCGCACCUGCAGAGAGACAGUUUGGUGUUUUCUGCUUCAGUGGCUCAGAUUUAGAGGAAACUCAGAGUACAUCAAAAGCUGCCCCCCAAACCUCCACGUCUCCCUCGACGCCCACCACAACUCUGGUUAAAUCAACAACCACGACUGCACCUUCAAGAAAGCCCAUGACAACAAAAUCCCCCGAGCAGACAUCUUUCACUUCAGCUUUCACUCUCCCGGUCAAGAUAGCACAUUCAACUGGGAUUUCCUCCACCUCCACCUCUCUUAAAUCUCUCUCCACCCGUGUUCCUACAUCUCUUUCUCAUCUCAUCACCUCAAAAGCCGCUGUCGUUGCUUUGGCCUUUUCUACCUCUGAGCCAGCGCUGCCUCAGUCUGUGAGCUCUGCAAAACUUUCUCUGGGAGUUGCACCCAUGGCACUCAUCAUUCUUGGCGUCAUUGUCCUGCUUCUGGCAGCAGCAGGUGCUGUGUGGUACUACAAACUGAACAUUUUCACUUUUUGGUCUCCGGGGCAGCAGAAAGAUGACACAGAGACAGAGAUGUGGAAGCACACUGACAGUGAGACGGACCUGCACAGUCAACACAGAGCGGAAGACAAUGACGAAAAUGAAGAACCAGACAGGAAGUACUCAAGCGAUAUCAUGCUGUGUGUGAAUCCACACAUCAAAAGGGAUUCUUCAGAGUAGCUUUACGGUAUGUCAUUGGAGGAUUUUCUAAAGUGAACCGAAUGAUUUAAAACCAUAGUGUUACCUGAUAAAUGUCAAUAAAUGUUUAAAGAAAAAACAUGUUACAGAGGACGGUUUAUUAGAGCUAGAGCACGAAAUUCGUGCAAAGCCCUAUUGUAACUGAAGGGAUUAUUAUUAUUAUUAUUCUCCUCUUUUAUUUUUCUUCCGCCACUUUGUUGGCUAAUUUGACCCCCUGAACGUGCUCAAAAAGUCACCAAACUUUGCCCAACAUUGUCCCACGACAAAAAUUCUUGUUUGACACUGUCCGUGCGACCGGGUGUGGCCAAACGGCUCUGCAGCAUCCCCUAGUGUGAAAAUAUUCACCGUAAGACCAACAGACUUGAAAAUCGGUACACAGAUGCAUCACGUCAAGACGAGAAAUAAAGCCUCAUGGAGAAAAAUUCCGCAAUGUACAGGAAGUCGGCCUUGUGGCUGUAUCGCCCACAUACUUCAUCCAAUGUAGAUGGAAAAAAAUCAGGCAUGAUGACCAUGUGAUUCUGAACAGAUUGAUAUGCUAAUAUGAUGAUACAGUCAUAGCGUCACCUACUGGCUGUAUGCAUUAUUUUUAGCCCUAUUUUCCACAUUCCACACACUGUAUUUUAAUGAAGUCCUCUUAGGGACAUAAUCUGAUACAUUUUAAAUGUUGACUCAUGGUUCAGAAGACAUUGAUGAGUGAAAGUUAUCAAAAGCUUUCAUCAAAGUUACAUGGUGUGGCUGUGGCACCGCCACAAAGUUGACCGUUUGCCAACACACAGGAAAUGGAUGUAUUUGUGCCUGAAUCUCCCACAUAGAUAGAUAGAUAGAUAGAGUAUUUUGUCUUAUUCUACUUCCUGUUUUUGUCAUGUUUCCCUCCAUUGGUGAUUGUCUGCCCCGCCUUAAUUGGUUUCACCUGUUGCCCAUUGCCUUGUGUAUUUAAGUAUCAUUGUUUCCCUGUUUUCUUGUCGGUUUGUCAGUUUCCAUGCCUGUUUCCAUGUCACUGUCUAUGAUCAAGUCUGUUCAUGUUCCUGUGUCAUGUGAUUUCCCCCUCAUGGACUUACCUUGGUUUCG